AUGAUUCGGUUGUUAGAAGUCUGCCCUUCCACCCAUAGCUUUCCACGAGAUGUUGUAUGCAGAUUGCUCUAUUUUAGACUCUCCGAGAACCCGAUCUUUGAGGCAUUGUCCUAUUGUUGGGGCACUAGCGAGAAAGAAUAUUUCAUCUACUGCGAUGGACUUCGCUAUUGGGUCACCGAGUCACUUCUAAAGUUCCUCCUUCGUUACCGAGACAGCCGAGAAUCCCAAUUGCUAUGGGUUGAUCAGAUUUGCAUCAACCAAGAUGAUUCAGUUGAAAAGUCGUUACAGCUACGACUAAUGGGGGACAUCUACCGACAGGCAGAGCAAGUCAUCAUUUGGCUCGGCGAUUUCCCCGGAACCUGGAUUGGAACCCCUGAGCAAGCGUUGAUAAAGGAUCUCGCAAGGCUGCGGCACACACCUUUACACGGAGAGCUAGUUGCUCUUUUGCGCCAAUUAGAGAUCUUAAAGCUGUUUAAAAGGUUAUCCAAGAUACGAUACGAGUCGACAGCGCAGCUAGGAAGCCUUGAAACUAUUGGAACAAUCAUGACGAGUCCUUGGUUUACGCGAACAUGGAUUGUUCAAGAAAUCAACGCCGCCAGAAGGGCAACUGCUUAUAUUGGCAACAUCAGAGUGGGCUGGUCUACCUUUUCGGACGCCAUAACAUUCGUUGUGAAUACCGGGAUGAGAUUUGCGUUGGCCAACAAGAACCUGGGACCGGCAAUGAGACUGGUAUCGAUUUGUCUUACGUUGGCUGCAGAUCGCAACUUGCCAAUGCUUAGGUGUCUCUUGUAUGCAAGGCACCUCAAAGCAAGCCUUGCCCAAGAUAAGGUUUUAGGUCUGUGCCAUUUAUCCACCGAUUUUGAACGCCUUGGGAUCGACCUCAAUUGCAGCUUGGACCCGAAACAGGUUUAUCGAAACGUAGUGGAAGCACUGCUACGGAAGGAUAACACUCUUGAGUUCCUCUCCGUUCCUCGGCCCCGAUAUUCAACUAGUACAGCUGGUCUUCCAAGCUGGGUGCCCGACUGGAACACGGGUUCAAACAUCGUCAUCCCUUUAGCGUUUGACAUUCCCGGAUUUGCUCCAAACUACCAAGCUAGCAAAAGGCCAAGGGCAUCUUUGCACCCUGGAGUUGACGACUGGGUACUAACCAUCGAAGGUAUGCAGUUCGACACGUUAUCUACUCUGAGUCGCGUUUAUCCCUCCGAGCCGCAUGCAAACUAUAUUGAAGAUGUUGUCGUAGCAUCGGAGAGAACAGCGGACGAUAUGCUGGCAGAGCUCGAUACUCUUCUCGAAUGGGCAAAGAUGACAAAGUCGGUGGCCAAGUUAGAACCACGUAACGAGUCUCGGGCGGCCCUAUUAUUAAGAACGAUUACUGCUGGCCAGCUAUCAGCAGAUAUAGACGCUUGCCACCGCACGUUCAGAUACCUUGUGGGAAGAUACAGACUGAGGUUGAAGUUAUUGUCGCUGCUGGAAACCAAAACGUCGAUCAUUGGACGAGCCUGCAGAGCCAUUGAGAGGUCUUCUCGAUAG